UAAUGUCGCCCAUCUGGGUACAACUUUCGAUCAUGUUGGUCACCGCCGGCUUAUGUCGACAGUUAACCGCCUCAUACUACGUGACUGUGACCAUGUGACACCGUGAAUAGAGUCGCGUUCACCGUAAAUAAAAGAGGCCAUAAAACACUACGGUUACCAUUUAACUACGUCGUAAAUACGCCAAGGGCUUCUUAAAACAUCAACAAAAAUGAAGCACGUGGUCCUGGCUAUAGGCCUACUGCUAUUCGGGACGUUUGAGUUCCAAGGAUGCGACGCCUAUAGGAUCCUGUUCAUAGGUCCUGUAGGAACAAGGAGCCACAAGAACUAUUAUUCGAGUGUUAUCGAUGCACUGGUCGAGAGAGACCACCAUGUGACAUUUAUCACCCCCUUCCCCUCCAGCGUCGCCAGAGCCAACGUGGAGGAGAUCGCCGUACCGGAGGGCGACUUCGCCAAGUUCGACCUCAACCUCUUCGACGAGAAGUACGGAGUGAGAAUGGCCACCUCCGCCAUGUACUUCUCCCUGUGUGACGACACCGUGAGGAGCCCCAGGGUGCAGGACCUGGUCCACCAGAGGUACGACCUGGCUUUCGUGUCGUCCAUCUGCUCCGACUGCUACCUCUGGCUCGUUCUACCGGUUGAAGGAUGGAUGCUGGGGUUUUGGUCUAUAUGCGUCACAUAUAUAGUGGCAUCGAGCAGAGGUGUCGAGAGAGCGGCCUCUGUCCAGAAGACAUGCCGUCCAUUGUCGACAUGUACAGGAAUGCUUCAACUGACCUUCGCGAACAAUGUCAGGGAACUGCAGUCGCCUGCGCGUCCUUACGUCCCGGCUGUGGUGUCUAUAGGAGGGAUCCAGUGCCGCCCUGCCGAGCAGCUCCCGCAGGAUCUCCAUGAGUGGGUAGAAGGAUCUGGGGAGGAGGGCCUCAUCUAUUUCAGCCUCGGGAGUAUAGUUAAGCCUUCAUCGCUGCCUGAAAAAAAUCGCCAGAUGUUCGUAAGGGUCUUCGCGUCUCUGAAACAGCGGGUCUUGUGGAAAUGGGACCAGGAGUCUAUGCCCGACCUCCCUCCAAAUGUAAUGCUGAAGAAGUGGGUUCCCCAGCAAGAUAUUCUCGGUCACCCUAAGCUGCGCCUCUUCAUAACUCAGUCGGGUCUCUACAGUACCCAAGAAUCCCUGUACCACGGCAAACCCGUCCUCAGUCUCCCAGUCUACGCUGACCAGUUAGCCAACGCCAGGUCAAUCGAGCGCCAGGGGUGGGGCAAGGUCAUCAUCUGGGAGGAGAUGACCGAGGACGACCUCCUCGACAAGAUCACCUCGAUUAUCAGCAGCGAGGGGAUGCUGAAAGUUGUCCGGUCCAAAUCCUUGCUGAUGAAGGACCAUGCCAUGUCCCCCAAAUCUCUCUUGGUCUACUGGACAGAGUACGUCAUUCGACACAGAGGAGCGACCCAUCUGAGAUGCCCCUUGGCUGACAUGCCAUGGUACACAGCUUACAAUGUCGACGUGUGGCUGACACUUUUUGCGUUAUGUGUUCUGCUUUUAUGGCUGAUCCUUCGUCUCGUAAUCGCUGUCAUUUCCUGCCUGCUAGGAAGAGCGAAGAGAAAAAUGGAUUAGAAUUAAAUUUACAUUUGAAAAAAAAAGUAUACAAAUUUAUAACGGGUUAUUUAGUUCAAACUCUCCCCGGCAGGGGUCUGUCAUAUCUUGCCCACGAGAUGGUCACUCGUCAGGUUUAUCAAAAUUGUGUUUAAAUCAUAUUUUAUAUUUAGAGGAUGAUGUUUUAUAUGUCAAAAGAUAGCCUUUGUGAGACCCCAUUGCGGGAAUCUUCAUUAAAUGGUUAUUUUAUAGUCUCUAAAAUACACAAAUUGUCUUGAAAUCGAUGGUUAGCUAGGUCAAAGGGACAAGUGUAGCUCUUUACCAUCUCGGUUGCUUGUAUAUGGAUAAAUUUUCCCUGUUAUUUUCCAUUAAUUUGUUCUGAUUUUACUGUAAUAUAUUAAUGAAAUUAUCAGUGUUAUCAGUAUAUUUAAAAACUCCUUUGUAUGUAAAUAUGUAUUAUAUAUAAAUUAUCAAAAGUGAUGUACCCUCAUAAAAAAACGGGAAAGAUC